UCGUCUCAUUGUUCACAACGGGCAUGUCCGCCAGUCAGCAGCCGACAGCAUCUUAAAGUCACUGUAAAGAGGAUCGGAACCUGAAGUCUUAAAAGCUGUUGCUCAAGAACAAGACAUAUUACCGGUGAACAGCGCUUGCAUCUGUUCCGAACUCUUCCCUGGUAUCUAUCCUUCCAAAGGCCAGCAGCAGGCCGGGCAGUCAAUAAUUCCUGCGAAGCAUCGAGCGAGGAGCCUGAAACAAUGUAAGUGUACCUGCCAUUUAUGAUUCGCUCGCCUAUGGAUCGGUAGAUCUGUACUUUAAAAUCUGCAAUUAUAAGCACCUCAUAUCUUGUUCCCUGACCGCCUGCACUCCCGACGCGGCCACUCUAAUGCAUCAGUGGCAAAUUGAACUCUUCAUGCCCUUGCACACCCACCGCAGGGCACGCUUUGCUCGUGCCCAUCUGCUUGUUCUCUUACCGCUGUCUUAAUUAUGUUCUUGCCUUCCACUUUGCUAUGAGUAGUUUGCUUGCCAUGAAUUCAUCUAGUGUGCUCGCUCCUAAACCUCGUCCUGCACGCUCACAAAUAUCCCUCUCAGCGUACGGCACUGCUGAACCCUUCAUUAGUGGUCCCUCCUCUACCACAGCUUACACGACGCUCGGCCAGGCGCUGAAUACAUCAGCAGACCCGCGUACCAAUCACCAAGUUUCUCCAGAUCCAACGCUCAACGCUCACAGGGCUCCUGCCAACAUGGCCUCCGACAGUCGAUACACGUACCAAACUUCGCAGGGACCAGUCCAGGCCCCUUAUCCUUACCCUUAUACUGGCGCAUCGUAUGAGGCGGCCUACACGGCGAAUCCGCCAAGAUCAGUCCGUAAUGAUUCUGCGCAUUCGCAGUCUCCUCAACAGACACCGCCUCCUCAACCUCCUUAUAAUACCCCACCUACUGGAUAUCCGCCACACCCGAAUUACCCACCUCCUGGUUUCGCUGUUCCUUCUUCAUCGCAAGCUCAAUGGACUACGGAAGGUUGGCAGUACCAGUAUUGGCAGGCCGGUCCCCAGCCUCCAGCGACCUCGCCGUAUCAACAUAAUGGCCGACCAGAUGCUCCACCUCAACCUGCAGCUCCUCCCGAGCGUCGCGCGCCGUCACCACCUCCAGCUCCCAAGACGGAAACACGGCGAACCGAGCGUUCACCACGACCGCUAGAAGCACCGCCGCAAAACAGCAGAACACGUAAAGCGAAGGAAUCAGAAAUAGCACCUGCGCCUCCAUCGCUACCGCCUGCCCAACCACCUCCAGGGUUGGACUUUGUUAAGUUAUUGGAAUCUUAUCGCAUUAUAAUUGAUUCGUCUUUGGCAAUAUCGAAUGAUACUCCUCAAGUACAACUGGCCCCCAAUCCCGAGGUUGUUGAGAAGAUGUUGGAGGCUGCUCGGUAUGGUUCCCAGGUAUUGGACUCAGCUGUUAUGCGGGCCGUGUCGGAAGUUUCCAGGGAGCUUGAGGACCGCAAGGAGAGUGUAGUUGAAGCUGAUGCGGCUGCAGCAUCGAAUGCCGAUCAGGCAACCGAAGGACAAACUUGUCUUGGCUGUAAUGCCACGUCUACUCCCGAGUGGCGUCGGGGCCCCAUGGGUCCGCGCACCCUAUGCAACGCGUGCGGGCUGGUUUAUGCCAAACUUAUUAAGAAGCGGUCUCGAGAACCUCGACGUUCUCGUGGUGGCAAGAAGGGCGGUAAAGCGACUCGUAAUGAGUCUGGACAGGUGUCAAGCGGGAGCGGGAGCGACGAUGAUUCUUAUGACUCUCAAGAACGACGUAGCGAAGCCGGAGAUCAUGGAGAAGGAGAUUGACGAGGCAAUGCGCGUGGUUUUAUGUGAUAUUUAUCGCCUCACUCGUGUGUCUCUUCCUACUCCCUCCUCCGCAUAACUUUUAACUCGUUUCUUUCCGUGACUCGGUUUCUUGGGUGUAUAACAUAGGGCAGAUACCAUACCUUCCUGUCUAUUUGAUAAUCCGCUGGGGAGUUUAGCCAACCCAUAGGCCUGUAGGCUAUCGCAUUGCUCGGCACCGCAUUAAUCAUAACGCGACUAUUACGCUCUUCCCAAAUCCAAUGUCUCCGGACGAUAACACACACGCCCUUCGUUGUCUUGCUCCCAUCUUGUUAUUACGCAGCCCCUGGUUUCUCAUCCGUGGGCUCGCGCCGUAUGAUCAUUUCUAGUUGCUUGCCCACUGCCCACACCUUCUAGAGGAUCAUGCCCCCUGUCUGUCAUCAGCUUGGGAGAAAAUGCUGAGCGAGACAAUCAUGAUAUUCUCCUGAUGAUGGAUGGACACACGGGCCGACAUGUUUCCCGUUGCGUGAUUUUAAUGUAAAGAUCCCAUGGUGCGUGCCAUAUAUCCUUAUAUGCCUUCGUUUGACCCUUGCUCUUUCCAUUGACUCCCAUUACUAAACAAGAAGCCGUUCCUGGACCUCACGAUAGGAGUUACGUUCAGGUCCGACUGGGUAUUGUACCCUGGAUCAGCCUGCCGUAUUCAUUCCCUUGGCAGCGCACGCUCAGGCUGCGCCUUCUCACCCACGCGCCGCAAUGUCCUGGUCUGUACUAUACUUCUUCUAACGUGAUAGACAACCACGAGCAAUUGCGUUAUGAACUCGACGACCGCAAUAACCAGAAAAGGCAUGUAUAUGGUAGAGGGUGUCCCUUGUGGGCCGGUCGACGUCGAUUAGGUUCGCGGAAUCCUUCCAAGUUUUCUCUGUGCUGCAUUUGACAAGUGUGGUGUCGUCGAUUGGACCGGAAGCAUCUGAUCGACGUCCAGAAGCUCCUUGACGGUGUCAUAUAACCUCACCAUUAAGAAACGCACAAUACGGUAGACAGAAGUAAGUGCUAUAUAAAAAUCGCUGAAACAAGAAAUGAAUAAGUUACAGAAACUACAGAGGAUCACCAAGUCCCGACCAUUAUAUGAUACAUACAUACUCGAAUAAUCUAUACGAUACAG